UGUCGCUUAUCGUAAACGAGCUAAAAGAGCAAUUAUCACAGCCUAAUUUAGCUACAAGCGGUAGAAAGCAAACAUUGCAGGACAGACUUCUCGACCACUUCAACAUAUCGGCUGACGAAAUAGCGGAUGAGGAAUCUGAUUGCAGGGAUGCAACUUCACUGCACAGCCCAAGAUCUAAAUCAGACGAAGGCCGUAGUUCAUUUUCACAGCGCGACAUUGAGGACUCACUUUCUCAGUUUAAUGGUUCGAGUCAGUCGUCUGUUCACAGCUGGAUCCAGGAGUUUGAAGAUAACUGCCGGUGCAGUCCAAUGGAAUAGUCUUCAAAUGUUUAUCUAUUCGAAGCAAUUGUUAAAGGGAGCAGCUAAAAUAUUUGUUCGGGUCAGAGGUAUCGGCAAUUGAAGUUCACCGAAUGUUAAAAAACCGCCGAAUAGGCCCAAAUGAAGAUCUUUUCAAUGCACUCAUAAUACUUUUUAACCACCCAGAUAUUAUAAAACAGGUAGCCAUUAAGGACUUUGAUCACUUUAUCAGUCAUCGCAACGCGUUCGCGACCAGCAGCGAUGAUGAUCCGCAUGACAUGAGCAACCUUUUUGGUAGUUCCUUGUUCUCAAUGCGGGAUGCCCGGUGGAAGGACAUGUGGAGCACUCUGAGUCCAGUCUUUACAGGCAGCAAAAUGCGUCAAAUGUUCCAGCUGAUGAACCAGGUGGCCAAGGAGGGCGUGUCCUGCUUAAAGCAGGAUGAGUCAUCUGUCCAAGUUACGGAACUGGACAUGAAGGACUACUGCACACGAUUCACCAAUGAUGUAAUCGCUUCGACAGCCUUUGGGCUGCAGGUGAAUUCGUUUAAGGAUCGAGAGAACACCUUCUAUCAGAUGGGCAAAAAGUUGACUAAAUUUACCUUCCUGCAAAACAUUAAGUUUAUGUUGUUCUUUGCACUGAAGAGUCUCAACAAGAUCCUGAAAGUGGAGCUCUUUGAUAAGAAGAGUAUUCAGUAUUUCGACCGUCUGGUGCUCGAUGCCAUGAAGUACCGACAGGAGCACAAUAUUAUCCGUCCCGACAUGAUCAACAUGCUGAUGGAGGCGCUUGGUCUGAUCCCGUCGGAGAAGACCAAGACGACUGCCGUUCGCGAGUGGAGCGAUCGUGACAUUGUGGCCCAGUGCUUUGUCUUUUUCUUUGCCGGCUUCGAGACCUCAGCUGUGCUAAUGUGCUUCACCGCUCAUGAGCUGAUGGAGAACGAGGAUGUGCAGCAGAAGCUAUUCGAAGAGGUGCAGCGAGUUGACAAAGAGCUGGAUGGCAAGGAGCUAAACUAUGAGGCUAUCAUGGGCAUGAAAUAUCUGGAUCAGGUCGUUUCGGAAGUCCUGCGAAAGUGGCCGGCAGCGAUUUCCGUUGAUCGAGAGUGCAACAAGGAUAUCACCUACGAGGUGGAUGGCCAGAAAGUAGAGAUUAAGAAGGGGGAUGUCCUCUGGCUGCCCACAUGUGGUUUCCAUCGUGAUCCUAAGUACUUUGAGAACCCCAAGAAGUUUGAUCCGGAACGUUUCAGCGAGGAAGACAAGGAUACAAUUCAACCAAACACAUACUGUUCGUGAACGGUUGCAGUCUUUAUUAACCUCUCAUAUUUAGGCGCAUAAUGGCAUCUCUAUCCUAUGUAACAGAAAACCGAUGU